AUGGCUACGUACACUACGUGCACCUCAUUUAUGGGGAAUGUUUAUGUAAUGCCAGUGAAGCCGCUAGACGGUAUCGCGAGAGAUACCCAAAUGCAGAUCGCUAUCCGGAUCACAGAGUUUUUACCAAUGUGCACCGUCUACUGUUCUCCGAGGGCCGACUGCCAAACCAAGUGCACGGUGAAGGUAGAAUUUCACUACCCUACGAGGCAGUUGUCCUUCAAGCAGUUGAUGAGGACCCAAGUUGUUCGGUACGUGGAAUUGAGACCAGCACAGCAAGGUGGUUGUCCAGCGCAUUACAGCCGCUUAGUUCGAAACCACCUUAACGAGGAGUAUCCAGACAGAUGGAUAGGGCGGGGUGGUACAAUCUCGUGGCCCGCCCGCUCACCCGAUUUAAAUCCUCUUGAUUUUUUUUACUGGGGAGCAGGAAAGGAAAAAGUCUAUUCCAAGUCGAUGCAAAAUGUAGAAGAGCUUAGACAGAGAAUAGCGGAAGCAGUAGAAUUUGUGAAUAAUGGACGAUUUGCCCGCUUCAUUUCACGAUCUUUUUUAAGGAGAUGUCGAGCCUGUAUUGCAGCUGAAGGACGGCAAUUUGAACAUCUUUUAUAA